AUGUCCUUGAGCAAUGCUGCCGUCUCGCUGGACUGUUCCGACAACAUUUCCAUCGCAACUACUUCAACUACUACGUCGACACCCAUCGAGAAAGAGGAGGCUCCUAUUGUGGCACCUCCAAAGUCACCAUCACUAUCACCAUCACUACUACUACCACCAUCACCACCAUCACCACCAUCACCACAACCACCACAACCACCACAACCAGAAGAAAAACAACAACCUAUUCUCGACUCAGCAAAACCCCUUUCUUCUCCAGAACACCCUGAUAAGCAAACAGAACAAGGGCAAGAACAAGAGGAUAACGGGGGACAGAAAGGAAAACAGGCGGAACAAGCGGAGCAUCAUGAAACUAAUUCAACUAAAUACUCAGGCGCUACUGAGUCUCCCCUUGAGGCAUUCAAACCUAAAGAACAAGUCAUAAGCUUCGACUUCGAGGAUACCCCACUUAUUGCGGACGACGAGGUGGAUGAUGAAGAGAGCGAGUAUGAUCUAUCGAAAACUUUGGAGGAGGAAAUGGCACAAAUGUCUAAAAUUCGUGGACGGGACCGAGAAACAAUGCCGGGCGCUAAACGCGUUUUGAAGAGAGUACGUGUACGGAAAGACACGUCAUCAUCUAAGCGGCGAACGAAGAAGCACAACCUCCGUGCAACGAUGAAUUCGGCCGUCAUUGCGGAGAAGUUGGCGGCGGAAAGGGGUGAAAGGAGUGGAGGAAAGGAGCCAUUAAGGAGUGGAGGAAAGGAGCCAUCAAGGAGGGAGAAGAAGAAGGAACGUUUGGCGGCUGUGGUGGAGUGGAAGCCGAUUGUUGAACCGGUCUCGAAGCCGCGAGCACGGCCUAGUGGGCUGAGGUUCAGCAUGAAUUGUUAUUCCGACCCGGAGGAUGAUGAUGAUGAUGAAGGGCAAGGGUCAGAGCAAACUGGCCACAAGAGGAAGAGGGAGGAUCAGGAUUUGGGCGACGAGGACGACGAGGACGAGUCUCUGGACGGGUACUUUGCCGAAUCCACCAUGUGUCGCUACUACUUGAAUUUUUAUUUCAUUUUUUCCUUUACAGUACAUUAA